AUGAGAAAAUCGUCUCCUGCAUGAUCUUUUAAAGGAAAACACCAAAGGGCUUUUUCAUCUGAUGCACCUGGCCCUGGAGCUUAUACCCCUUCAAACUAUAGUUUCCAAGCCUCCCCAAAUUACGGAAUGGGGACUUCAUUUCGACUGCAGCUUAAAACAAAAGAUCAAAGCCCUGGCCCUGGCACAUACACACCUCUAAACUCAUGAAGAAAAACUGCAAGAACAGUGUAAAUUUAAUGCAGGUUUGGAAAAUCCAAAAGAAAUGCUUAUAAAGGCUCUUCAUCUACCCCAGGACCUGGAUACUAUAAAACUGAUGGAAAUGCUAAAGGCCCAAGCUAUAGCCUUAAAGGGAAAAAUUACAAAAUUUCAUUAGAACAAGUUCCUGGGCCUGGGACUUAUGAUCCAAAAAUCGAGGCAUUAAAGGAGCAAAAUUUAACGGUAAAGAUUGGAAAAGCAAAACGAGAAAUUUUUUAUUCAGAUGAUUAUUCGCCUGGUCCUGGGACUUACACAGUUUCGCAAGAGGAAAAAGGAAUUAAAUGAAGAUUUGGGACAGAGAAGAAAAAUCAUUUGAAAAGAAGUAGCAGUCCUGGGCCUGGGAGCUAUAAUUCGCAUUUUUCAAAUUCGUCAGCGAAAUUUUCGAUGAGUCCAAGGAGACCAAUGACAUCAGGAUCUAAAGAAAACCCAGGGCCAGGGGCUUAUUCGCCUAGAGUUGUGUCAUCUUCUCCAAAGUUUUCUUUACUCCAAAGAGCAGAAAACAAUAUUUAAUAUUUUUUCAGAAAAUAAUAAAAAAAAAAAUCCAAUGAAGAAAUUAAUUAGGUAAAUCCGAAAGGGACAAAUUCAAUAAAACUUGCAUCAUGCCUGGUCCAAAUGCGUAUUCUCCAAGAAUUGAAAAUAAUAAAGGAAUAAGGUCAGAUAUUAUAUAGAAUUGGCAAAAGCAAAAGAAAUUUUAAUGACUCUUCAACUGAAACCCCUGGUCCUGGAGCUUAUAAUCCAAAACCUCAAAAGGGAAGCCCUGAAUACAGCUUGAGAACUAAAUAUACAGCGAAAAUGGAAAUUGGGCCAGUAAUUUAGAAUUAGGGACCUGGAAUUUAUGAUCCGAAGCUUGCAUAUGUAAAAGAAAAUUCUCCGGCUUGAAGAGUCAGCAAGACCAAAAAAAAUUGAGAAAAAACAAAAGAGUUAGUCCCCGGGCCUGGAAGUUAUGAUAAUAAAGCAACACUUUCUGGACCAAAAUGAGGGUUUGGAACUUCAAGAAGAAAUGAUUUAAAAAUCAGUGAUGUUCCUGGCCCAGGAGAUUAUGAUAUUAAGCCGCUAAUUCCUGAUGUCCCACAUUAUUUGAUGUCUGAGAGCUCGAGCCUUUCAAGAGGCUAUUAA